CCAGCAGGGGGCGAUCAAGAUUUGUCUUAUUUCCUUUGUGGUCCUCCAUCCGUUUGAACAGAUAAGCUAACACAUACGGACAGUGGUGCACGUGUUCAUAUGCAUAUCAUAGGCUGCACAUGCAGCUUUCAUUUUGCAUUUCAAGGGGAAAAAAAACAUUUUCAAAGCAUUUUUCACUCCACCUUAUGCCGACAUGUGUGCACGCCCUCCGUGCGUGGCUGUGGAGUGACACCGUGCGUGCGUGUGCUCGCGUGUGGCAUCAGGAGUGAGGAGGAGGGACCACCGCCGCGCGUAGGGAGAGUUCUGCAUCCACACUGCGUCUGUCUCAGCGCAUGCGGGACCCGCCGGGUCCAAGUCAGUGACCUUGUGGACCUGCCCACCGCGUCUUUAAAAAAAAUUUAACGCACAUUAAUCGCCCCUGAUUCUGCCUCCGACGCGCGCUCUACCUCACCGCUCUCACCUCCGGGUCCACUCUCCGGCUCCUUGUGGAGCUGUGAAGCCGCAGGAGGACCAUGUGAUUUCUGGAGUCUUGUUGGCGGGGAUUUAGCGCCGGAAGGACGCGGGGAAAUGGGGUUCUCUGCGUUUAUGGUCACAUGAGCGUCGGCGCCGCAGGCCACAUGCCGGUGAUGGAGGAGCUUGUCACUGAGAGCAACAGCAUGCCAAAGCGGAUGGCUCUGAUCUGCUUCCUGUCUCUGGUGAUGGUGAUGAGCAUCCUGGGAAACCUGCUGGUCAUGGUGGCCGUCUGCAAGGACAGACAACUCAGGAAAAUUAAGACCAACUACUUCAUCGUGUCUCUGGCCUUUGCCGACUUGUUGGUGUCGGUUCUGGUGAUGCCGUUUGGCGCCAUCGACCUGGUCCACCAGCAGUGGAUCUACGGUGAGACCUUCUGCCUGGUCCGUACCUCGCUGGACGUCCUGCUGACCACGGCGUCCAUCAUGCACCUGUGCUGCAUCGCCCUGGACAGGUACUACGCCAUCUGCUGCCAGCCUCUGGUGUAUCGCAACAAGAUGACGCCCAUGCGCGUGGCGCUGAUGAUUGGCGGCUGCUGGGUCAUUCCCACCUUCAUCUCCUUCCUGCCCAUCAUGCAAGGAUGGAACACCAUCGGCAUUGACCACGUGAUUGAGCAGAGGCGCCACAUGGAGGGCAGUAACUCCACGUCGUGCGUCUUCAUGGUCAACAAGCCGUACGCCCUCACGUGUUCCGUGGUGGCCUUCUACAUUCCCCUGGUCCUCAUGGUGCUGGCCUACCAGAGGAUCUACGUCACGGCCCGGGCGCACGCCCUCCAGAUCAGCAUGCUGCAGCGGGCGGGGGGCGCCGGCACCAGCACACCCGCUACCUCCACCGCCAGCGCGUCCUCGGACUCGGCCGACCAUCAGCGCAACCACCGCAUGCGCACGGAAACCAAAGCGGCCAAGACGCUGUGUAUCAUCAUGGGAUGUUUCUGCCUCUGCUGGGCACCCUUCUUCAUCACCAACGUGGUGGACCCGUUCAUUGACUACACCGUGCCCGAGAAGCUGUGGGCCGCCUGCCUGUGGCUGGGCUACAUCAACUCCAUGCUCAACCCCAUCCUCUACGCCUUCCUCAACAAGUCCUUCCGUCGUGCCUUCCUCAUCAUCCUCUGCUGCGGUAGGAAGAGGUACCGCCGACCCUCCAUCCUGGGCUCCGGUGCGCCCUGCACGUCCACGCCGAUCAACAGAUCCACACACGUCCUCAACAGCUGCUCCUCUGCCUCCAAACUGCUGCUCUGGUUCUGCAACACCAGGCCAGUGCCUGUCUAGCUGCUCUAGAUCUACAGUCUCACGAGGUUUGCUCUCAAGUAUGCUGUGCUCAAUGGGAACCACACAGCGCAGGAGAAAAAAACACUUCACGCCGACUCCGAGUCCAGCUUGUGACACGACGCCUCCGCUCACCCUACCUGACCUGACCCGAUUCGCGGGAACAGGCGACACCGACCUGGUGGAGUGCCAGAGACGCCAUCAGAAACGCGUCUGGUUUCAAACUGAGGAGAAACCACUUCUGGCUGUGAUCCCGGCCCGAAGGCGGCACACUUAAGGCACGGCGGCAUUAGCGGGUCAGCACCGCUCGGGGACUCUUUUCCGCCUGGCAGAGUUUUGAAGAGAACUGUCACGUAUUCUGGGUGUGAAGUCCAGAACCGAAAAAGUGGGUUCCAAUUUAGCGAGGAUGGUGCCGGUAGAAGACUGUGUCCUGGUCCGGUCUGGUUCUGCAUCUGAUUCUGUUGGACUUCAUUGUGUUCACAUGGAGAGUUAAAGCUGCUCAGGAAUGAGUGUGUGUGUGUGCAUGCAUGUGUGUGUGUGUGUGUGUCACUAUUACACCUCCUCCACAUGGUCACAUGAUCCAUCAGCGUCUGGAUGAGGAAUGUACAAGUACUAGCUAACAUGUUUACAUCCACGCCAUAACUUUUUAUCUCUCUUUAAGGACCUUUCCCCACUUGCAGUCUUUUCUCUGCCCUCCUUCCUUUAGGGGGCGCUGACUCAUCUCUCACAAGAUGGCGACUUUUUCUUGAUGCUUCUGCGUUUACAUUAAAAUAUCAUGAAUGUAGUCGCAGGAAGUUGUACUACAAACUCCAAGGGCAUUAAAGUAGUGGCAGAUUUUCCGCAUCCAAAGCCAGGAUUAACUCGUCGGCCAUGUUUUGGUCCGUAGACGUCUUUAAUGGACAUGUAGCAUCACAGGAAGUGAAGAUUUCACGAGCACCUCAUAUUCUCCAAGGUUCAGAUCUCCCACCCUACCCCACCCCAAAACCGACGUCACUUCUUUGUGGGUUACGCCCCCCCCAAAGAGGAAAAAAACAACUUUUGAUUGUGCGCAUAAGCACAGGUGCUAACAGAAGAAACUAAAACACUGCUUAAGCCAAAAAGGGCAGCUGGGACGGAGCAAUGAGGCAAGGCAAAGAUAGAUACUGUCAUUCUUAACCUUACCAGAAGUGUGUGGGAACAAGGGGCGGAGCUUACCCUACACCUCAGAGCAAUAUGAAGCCGAAAAUAUGUCGUAAACUACGAACUCAAGGCUCUAGACCAAUCACUGGCUUGUAGGCAGUCUAAAGCGUAACAGGCUUAGAACACAUGAGCGUUGGUUUUCUGCUCGGUCCUAGUGCAUGACAUGUCUCAAUUUAAUAUAGGCAAUAUUUCAUAUUCACAAACAUAAUAAAGUGUCGCCACUGACUGGUUUUUUUUGUAUGUAUGUGUCAGUCAAAAGUUUGGAGACACUUUCUCAUGUUAGUAAAUGAGAAAGUGUCUCCAAACUUUUGAGUGUUUUUUUUGUAUGUCUGUACCAGCCAAAAGUUUGGAGACACUUUCUCAUGUUAGUGGAUGAGAAAGUGUCUCCAAACUUUUGAGUGUUUUUUUUGUAUGUCUGUACCAGCCAAAAGUUUGGAGACACUUUCUCAUGUUAGUGGAUGAGAAAGUGUCUCCCAAGUUUGAGUGUUUUUUUUGUAUGUACCAAUCAAAAGUUUGGAGACGCUUUUUCAUUCACUACCAUGGUAAAGUGUCCCCAACCUUUUGACUGUUUUUUGUCUGUAUGUCCCAAUCAAAAGUUUGGAGACGCUUCCUCAUUCACUAACAUGAUAAAGUGUCUCCAAACUUUUGACAGUUUUUUGUCUGCAUGUACCAGUCAAAGGUUUGGAGACGCUUUCUCAUUCACUAACAUGAUAAAGUGUCUCCAACCUUUUGACUUUUUGUUGCACGUGUGUAACAGUCAAAAGUUUGGAGACGCUUUCUCAUUCACUAGCAUGAUAAAGUGUCUCCAAACUUUUGACUAAUGAAGAAUGCCGACAGAACGACCUGCCAUCUUACUGCUAGAGCUGCGCGGCUCCGGGUGCACCCCGUUGCUCCGCCCCUCACCGCGAAAAACAGCUGAUCUGGGAAGGAAGCAAAGCGAGCAGGGAGGAGAGAAGACACUACAAAAUAAGAGCACUUGAACAAAAACGUGGACUCAUUUUAGGAAGGUCCACAAAAGAGAGGACUGAACCAUCACCCUGAAACAAGAGUUUAAAAAAUAAUAAUAAUAACAAGGCACGACAGAAAAAGAAGGUUUUAUUGUGAAAGGGGUUCUGUAGAGGUCACAAUGCACAUCACAGAAUAAAAACUAGAACGACACCGAGUGAGUCGUAGACCUCCACCAAGGCCAAAACAGUCCUCACCACGUCCUGCUGAUGAUACUGAUGAUGCUGAAAUGGUUUUGUGUGUUUUUUUGGGCGGCGCUGACAUGUGACCUCGGUGCUCUCCGGUGUUUGUUGCACUGCAGGAGUACGCGGUAUUGCAGUACACACAGGAAACUUCUACAGUGAAAGUGUUUCAGUUCCUGUUUGGGCCAAGAUGGCCGCUUGGAUGACGAGUGUGACGUUUGUGACGGCCGUGGCCUCCAUUCCAUCCUCGUUAUGAGAUGCAUGAAAGUGUAGAUCACCGCUACGAAGUGACUUUUAAUCACUUCCUACGUGGACAAAAGUCUUGGGACACGCCCCUAAUCCACAACUGGAUCACUGAGAGGAAGGACCGGCGUCCUUAAGUGUCCUGCAAUCUUUAAUUCUUCAUCCUAGCGACACAUUUUGGAUCCUUUACAACCUCGCCGCUUUGUGGGACUUCCCGUUGCAGAAAGCAAGCGCCACAAAGUGGGGGUGUAACGCUACGCCAUCAUCGCGGGUCGUCACGGGCCUGGCGUCUAAGGUGAUGCUUGGGUUUAUUUUGGAAAGGACGUACAAAACAUCAAACUGCUUAGCUUUCCUGGAAACUACUUGAAUGAGUUUUAGAAUGUGCGCAUUUCUCCCCAUUCAGCUUCUCAUGUUGAAUUAGCUUUCCUAGUCUCACUUUUCCAUGAACAUUUUCUUCUCCAAAUAUGACAACAUUUAUCUCGUAAAACCGCAAUAAUUUCUUGGAAAAUUCCGAUUUUUUUCCCCCAUAAUAUUCUGAUUUCGCACUUAAAAUUUCUGUAUUUUUGUCCUCAUUACUUUUUCAGACUUUUGUGAUAUUAUUAAAAUGUUAUUCUCGGAAUACUGCAACGCUCAUCUUGAAAAUUGCAAUAAUUUCUCGUAAAAUUCUGGAUUUUUUCCCCUAUAAUAUUCAGAUUUUACACUUGAAAUUGCAGUAUUUUGUUUCUCUUUACUUUUUCUGGUCAAACUUAUUUUUCCAUAAAUCUUGCAACUUAUUUCUCGUAAAAUUCUGACUUUUGUCAAAUUAUAAAGAUUUUAUUCUCGGAAGGAGGCAAUGCUCAUUUUGUAAAAUUGCAGAAAUUUCUUGUAAAAUUCUGAUUUUUCCCCCCCUACAAUAUUCUGAUUUCACACUCGUAACAUUGCAGUUUUUUUUCCUCUUUACUUUUUCUGGUGGAACUUAUUUUCUCGUAAAAUUGCGACUUAUUUGUAGCCAAAUUCCGAUUUCUCAUAAUAUUGCAAUUUUAUUCUCAGAACAUGACAACGUUCAUCUUGCAAUGCAGUCAUCUCUUUUAAAAUGAUGAUAUUUUCAGAACAUUCACUUUUUAAACUUGUAAAAUUGCAGUAUUGUCUUGUAAAAAAAAAUGUUUUUUUUUCAUAGAGCGUAUUUUCACAUUUUAUUUUAUUUUAUUUUUAUGACAAUAUUAGCAUUUUCAUCUUCUGCCUUUGCAACUUUUUUCUAGUAAAUUUCCCACAUUUCACAAUAAAAUAUUUUAAAAAUAGCAAUAAUUCUGAUUUUUAUUGGAACUUUUUCUACUUAUAAAAUUGCAAUAUUUUUUGUAAUAAAAUGAUUCCUUUUUCUGGUCAAGCUUACAGUAUUCUCUCGUAUGAUAUGAUAUGAUAUGAUAUGAUAUGAUAUAUGAUAUGAUAUGAUAUGAUAUGAUAUGAUAUGAUAUGAUAUGAUGUGAUAUGAUAUAUGAUAUGAUAUGAUAUGAUUUUUUUGUAAAAUUGUGACUUUUUGCUUGUAAAUGGAUAAUUUUUUUUCGCACAUUAAGACUUUAUUGUGUUUUUUUCUUCAUUUUUAACUUAUUUUCUCAUAUUCUGACGUUGUUCUUAUAACAUUGCAAUAGUUUUUCCUAAAAUGUUUACUUUUUCAUGUCAAACUAGAAAAGCACUUUGAGAGCGCAGACCUGCGCCAAGCGUCAUAGUUCCCCCAUAUUGUGAUUUGCACCAUAAAUGUUAGUCCUGCAUUUAUUUUAUCUCCAUAUUUAGAUUCCAUGACCAUGAAAACAUACCAUGGAAGGGUUUGGAUGACUUAAAGGAUGCUAACAAUGCUAACACAUAGCAUAAUAGCGCUACGUGUUUGUAUAAGUGCCUACCUCAGAAAAUGCUAAAAAUGUUAGUAUAAUUAUGUUAGCAUGCUAGCAAUGCUAACGUGCUAAUGUUAACAUGCUAACACCUAGCAUGAUAGUGUCUACCCAUGAAAAUGGAUAAAAAUGCUACUAUGCUAAUGUUAACAUGCUAACACAUAGCAUGAUAGUGGUUUAUAUAAGUGUUUACCCAUGGAAACGGCUAAAAAUGCUACUAUGCUAAUAUUAGCAUGCCAGCAAUGCUAUCAUGCAAACGUUAGCAUGCUAACACCUAGCAUGAUAAUAGUGUUUAUACUAUAUGUCUACCCAUGAAACGUGCUGAAAAUGCUACUAUGCUAAUUAUAAUAAUCGAUAUUUUAGAAGGUGUCUUUUGAGUAAAAUGCAAGGAUUUCAACACUUGCUGUCCCUAAAGUGAUGUGUAAAAUGUGUACGCCUGUGUCUGGUAAGAAAAACAAUGCAGGGAGAAAUGGGAUGAAGAAUGCACGUAGCGUUACACCCCUACCACAAAGGCAGGCUUCGCUCGGAGGAGUUUGGUGUGGAAGAAGUAGAAGGGCUCCGAGAGUGUGUUGGAAGCUGCGCAAGGUGUCCCGCUACUUUUGCCCGAGUGGUGUAUUUCCAUCCUGAUGGAUUAUUGACUUAUUGCCGUUUUUAAAAAUGUUUUUGAAGCGACUCCGUUGAAGCUGCGUGACGCACGAGCAGGAUCUAUAAUAGAGGGGGUGUUUUCUGUGUGAAGUAUUUCUAUUGACUGACUUUCUGCUUUGUGUCGACAAGAAAACCAGUGAGAGCGAGCGAGCAGCUUGUAAAAAAAACAACAAAAAAUGUAAAUAAAAAGAGAUUUUAUGGAGCGCCGGGCGCAUGUGUCGUAUUUCCACAUGAGUCACUUCACUGACCGUGGGACGUUUCAGUAGUCGCUCACGGUGCACACGCAUUAUCACCAACAUUUGGAUCGCCCCAAAAAAUAGCGAAUGAUUUUUGGGGGAAUUUUUUUAAAACUUAAAAUAUUACUAUUGGAAUAUUUAUUCAUUAUUAUUGUAUUAUUUUUUAUGUAUUAGUUCAAAAUCAAUAUAUUGCAAUUAAAGCUGAAAUAUUAAAGAAAAUGGCGUCAUUUUAUGUGAAACAGCAAAAAUGGGGGGAAAAAACUGAAUAAAUUUGAAAU